AUGGAGAGCCUCCUCUUGGAUUUGGCCUCAUCUUCCCAGCUACCUAUGUUCAAAUCUCUGAGCCUUGACAAACAGUAUUCUCAAAUCUGUGAAGAACUGAAGCAUCCGGAGAACCCAUUCAUAAGCCAUGUUCUCCAAGAAGCCUCACAGGAUGAAGAAAUGUUAUCCAAAAAAAUCACAAUAAAAAUAGCUGGAAAUAACCGCUUGGUACCUGUGCAGAAGGUGACAGAUACUGAUUUUCAAGUGCUUGCUCUUGUCUUUACAAACAAUGUGUUUCUUACAGGGCUGGACCUGAGAUACAACCUGUUAACUGAUGCUGCUGCAGUACACAUUGCCGCUUUCCUUCAGGAUAAUCAUACCCUGCUUUACCUGAACCUGAUGUUUAAUGACAUUGGUAUUACUGGAGCAGAAUUCAUAGCUAAAGCCCUGCAUCGGAAUGAAACUCUGCUUCAUCUACGAAUGACCGGCAACAAGAUCGACAACAAGGGAGGGAUGUAUUUUGCAGCAAUGAUGCAAGUUAACAAUACGUUACAGAAGUUAGAUUUUGGAGACUGUGACCUGGGUACACAAAGUCUGAUAGCAUUAGCAACAGUUUUGAAUCACAAUGAAUCGAUCAGAGCCAUAAAUCUAAACCGGCCAAUACUGUACAGUGAAGAGGAAGAGACUACCGUCCACAUAGCUCUCAUGCUGAAAAUUAACAGCGUCCUUGUAGAACUGCAUUUGUGUAAACAUGGAAUGAAGAAUUUUGGUGUUGAACGUCUAUGUGAUGCAUUAUAUGAAAACGCUACCCUUCGAUAUCUUGACCUGAGUUGUAACAAAAUUUCUCGGGAUGGCGUCCAAUUUUUGGGACAGAUGUUAAAACGAAACAACACCCUGGAAAUCCUGGAUCUUAAUUUUAACAGAAUAGAAGAUGAUGGGGCUUUCUAUCUGAGUGAGGCGCUUACUAAGCAUAACCGGACCCUUCAAGCGUUAGCAGUGACAAAUAACAGUAUAACUGGGCAAGGGUUGGUUGCCCUUUCGGAAUCAAUGAGAAUAAACCUUGUUCUUUCCUAUAUCUACAUUUGGGGAAACAAAUUUGAUGAAGCCACCUGUGCGGCAUAUGCAGAGUUACUUCGUAGUGGUCGCCUGAAGCCAACAGGUACAGAUGUUCAGCCAUAUGAAGUGGAUGGGCACACGUAUCUUGCUGAAGUCUCCCAUGGCCUGAAAAGGCAUUACUAUUGGACGCCCAGUUAUGGAGAACCUGAUAACAAAGAUGCCAAUGCCUCUCUAGCGAUAACUCCCAUUGCAGAAAACCUGUGA